AUGAAGGGAAUGAUAUUACUUAUCAUCGCAAAGGACAGCGGGAGCGAAAAAGGCUUUUCCUCCGUCACACCGAGGCGCAUGACGCUGCCUACUGUGCAAGAAGAGGAAGCCGAUGUUGUUGAUGACGCGAGUUAUCAGUGCAACGAACCUGGGUGUUCAUACGUUUCCGCAAACUUUGAAGCGCUGCAAGAUCACAUAAACUUUGGCAGGCAUGUGCUGAGUACAAAAGGCAACGAAGGAAUUUACGACAGACUUCGUCGGGAAUGGGCACACAAGUUCGCAACACUGUCUAUUGAACCCGUAAAUAGAACAUCAAACAUUCCGGUCAAAGUCUCUUAUUCGCGCCAAGAUUGGACUCCUGAGUCACGCGGGUGGGCUUUGCAGAAUCCAAGAGGAGGCGGGACGAGGUUUAGUGAGAACGUAAAAAGCUAUCUACAAUCACAAUUUGGUACAGGAGAGCUGACAGGUAGAAAGGCCGACCCGAACCAAGUUUCUAAGGAAAUGAGAGCUGCCAGGAAUCUCGAUGGUACCCGAAAGUUCAACAGGGAAGAAUGGUUAAACAAGACCCAGAUUCAGUCAUUUUUUUCGAGGUUGGCAGCCAGGAAGCGUAAACGGCAAACAGAAGGUCAAGAAACUGCUUUAGGAGGUGAUGAUGGCUUGAUGCAGACGCAGAAAACGAGGAGCAGCUCUUGGAGGACGAAAUUGAAUUCCUGA